GCGCUUGAGGAGCGUGCUUGCAACCGCAGGGGGCAUCGGGAUUGAUAGGGAUGUUUCCAUCAUGGCGGCAUCCAUUUCAGGUUAUACUUUUAGUUCUGUGUGUUAUCACAGCGCCAACAGCAACUCUGAUCAUGAGGGCUUCCUGUUAGGAGAAGUAAGGCAAGAAGAGACUGUCAGCAUCAGUGACACACAGAUUAGCAGUGCAGAGUUGAUCCAGGUAGUAGAAAUCCAUAACCAUGAUCCUUGUGCACAGUUGUUUAGCUUUUAUGACUAUGCGGGAAAAAUCAAUGAAGAAAGUCUCAACAGCAUACUUAAAGAUAGGCGGAAAAGCGUCAUUGGUUGGUACCGGUUCCGGAGGAACACACAGCAACAGAUGUCCUUCAGGGAACAGAUCAUCCACAAACAGCUGACUCAGCUGCUCGGUGUGCCCGACCUCGUCUUCCUUCUUUUCAGCUUCAUCUCCACAGCCAACAGCUCCACGCACGCACUGGAAUAUGUGCUCUUCAGACCUAACCGCAGUAGGUUCAACCAGAGGAUCACUCUCACAAUCCCAAACCUCGGCAACACAAGCCAACAGGAAUACAAAGUGUCCUCGGUUCCUAACACCUCACUCAGCUACACCCAGGUCAUCAAAGAGCAUGGGGCUGAAUUCUUUGACAAAGAUGGUGUGAUGAAGGAUAUCCGAACAAUAUUCCAAGUCUACAGUGCACUACAAGAUAAAGUGCAGGCUGUGUGUGGGGAGGUAGAACAAAGUGAACGUGUGAAGGAGAAAAUUCAAGAGGAUGUGAACAAACUCAAGCAACAAAUUGCUCUCAGGAAACGCAAGACAGCAGAAGAAGAGAAGAGGUUACGUGAGUCCCAAAAUGCAGACUCCCAUUCCACUCCAGAGGAGAACACAGAACCUUCGCUUGCUUCCCCUCUGUCCAGGAUAACGUUCCACACACCCUCUGCCCCGGAGCGGCCCAGUACCUCACCUAACCCACCGUCUUAUGCUGACCUCUUGUCCCAGGAUGACUCUCUGCUCUCCUCCACUUCCCCACCUACCAGUGCUGCUCUAUUGCCCCGGCCCCAAGCUGUGGGCUCUCCUGGACACCCUACCCCUGGCCCACUGGGGAUGGCCCUUGGCCUUGGGCUAGGCCUGGGCGCCAGCUCAAACCCUGUCACCACUCCCAGCACCCCAUACCUCGGUAAUGGUGACGGAUCGAGCUCUGACUCACUGGACAGACAAGCUGCAGGGCAGGAAGAUGAUGAGGAUGACGAGGAUGACGAGGAGGAGGAGGAAGAUGAGGACAGUAGUGAAUAUGAGAACUUAGUGAGCGAAGCCGCUCAUCUGCCAAUAGGCUCUGCCAGCAUUUUAGCGCAAGGCCGGCCGGCUGCCCUUAGUCCUGACGGGGAUGCUCGUGGCUCACAGACCACAUAGAAACAUGCAGGGUGUGAAUGGGACACAACUAAGUGACGCACCUUGAGAGGUGGGCAUCUCAAGCAAUCAAAGAUAGACAAAUAUAGACAAAAGAUGUGCCAGUCCUGAAAGUGAAAGGCAUGCGCAGGUGGUGUCCCGCUGUGAGUAUUUCUUCUUGUCUUAGUCUGAUCUCCAUUUUAAGGGGAAAUGUCGCUCGGCUUUGCAGGCUUAACAGGUGUGUCUCACAGGGGGGAAAAGUCAUCUGUUUUUUGUUUUUGUUUUUUUUCUUUUCUCUUUUUCUUUUUGGAAUGGGGUCGGUCUGGGUACUUCAGUGUGGAUGUGUCUGGUUUCAGGGUCAGAGGUGGAUAUUACAAAUUAUGCCAACUGGUUGGCAAGCCGGCUCCCUAAAGGACACGCUUUCCUUCUCUUUUUGUUCUAUGUUUGCAUCACCAACUCUGAGCACCCACUCUUGCAUUACCUCUUGCACUAUUUUUUUGCCUUCCUUUAAACAAACCAUCAAAGAAAAGCAAUGGGGAAAAUAUUUUGCGGCCUUCAAACAAGUUUUAAAAUUAAGUAGGCAAAUGGUUGUUCAUUUUGUAUUUGUUGAAUUUCAAGAGAGAGAUUUAUAUGUAAUUAGAAUUUCUGCAACAUGCACAUGUCCCUCAUUUGAUUUUGGAUUAUUACGUCUUUUUCGUUCCAUGUCAGUCUUUAAUUGAUUAAUAGUACAGUUGUCUAUUUAACUGGUGAAGAAUAGACUUCAAACAAGAUUUAUUCUGCCACUUCUAUAAUGGGUGCUUUAUAUAUACAUAAAUAUAUAUAUAUAUUUUGUCAGAUUAACAGUUAAUCUAAUUUGAUUGACAAGAAUGUCAAUGUCUCGUUCCUCUUGGAUAACACUGAAAUUGUAUGCGCUUUGCUGCACUUAACAACAUUUAAGAUUUCUUUAUUAUUGUGCUAUACCAAUGCUGUCAUGUUGUGCCACUUGAGUAGUCCUCUUUGACCACCUUGAGCCAAAUUCAGCUCAGCUUAUUGUGCGUUGUAUGGGGUUCACAGGGCAAACACAAUGUACUGUAGCUUUACUAACCAGAUGCUUAAGGUUCCCUUUCUGCUGCUGCAACACAGAGAGCUGCCACUAAAAAAACUGCAUCUGUAUGUUCUUCUCCACAUAAAAAAACCUGGCUGCUACUUCCACUUCACAGUGCUGGUUGUCUCCGAUACUACUGACCGUGACCAUAUAACCACUUCAAUCUCCCUUCUCACCGACUUGUUCUCUAUUAAAACUCAUAAUGGAAGGCUGAUACCCUCUGUAGUGUGUAAAUCAUAACCGUGGGAAGAGAGAGGCUCCCACCUCCCUGUCUUGGUAAAGUUGACAGUAGACCUCAUGUAUUAUGACCUGGUUUGGGUCAACGUUACGUGUAUGGACCUGGAUAAUGUGAUGAAAACAUCAUGACCUUGCUUCAGUAUACAGUGCCUUCCACUCAGGGCAGUUUCUGUCUGCACACAACACAUUCACUGAUCUCUCUUGAGGGGUAAGAUUAUAACAAAUUGUGGUGUGUUUGCAAUAAUCUACUUCCAGCUUCAUUUUUUCCUUUUUUUUUUAAUUAUUCCUGCAGUUAUGUGCGUCUCUUUCUAUGAUGUGGUGUUUUGUCCUAAACCUGUUUUCCCUUUUCACUUUCACUGGCGGCUUCGAAGUGGACCUGUGUCUCAUGGUUGCAGCUGUGACUAUGCUUGCUUUAUUAUUUGAAACUGGAAUUCUAUCUCUAAAGUCUGAGGGAAUCUGAUUAGUAACUUAUACUUCAGCAAGGCAGAGUUGGUAUGAUGAGCAUGAUGGACAUGCAGAUGAUUUUUUAUUUUUUAUUUUUUUCAAACAUCUGACCCGACAAUGUGUGGAUUGAUUGACGUACGAAGCCUCCUUGCAUGAACCGGUCAGUUCUAGACACUUUUAUAUUCAGCAUGGACAGACAUUUGCACUGCACAUGAAGGACGUCUUAACACAAUGAUCAGCAGGUUUGGAAAAGAAGACAUCUGUCCUAUGGUGGGAGAAGCUUUGCCUUGUGAACAAGCGCCGCUUUAUUUACACAGCCUGUUUGUAUGUCAUGUUUUUUGCCUUAGGGUCAUUUCAUUUGCCCUGAUGUGUAAUGCCAAUGAAUCACUUAUCGGGAACUGGCACUAAAAAUGUUACUUAGUAAUCACCCAGAGUAACACAAUCACACAAUGUUAAAAGAAAUGACAAAAUCACUUUGUUAGGAGUAUGGUUUCCUUUGACUACUGGAAUAUAAUAAGGAAAUAUAUAAUGAAUGUAUAGUAGACAAGGGGGGGGUAGCAUUUAAACAGCACUUACUGUAUAAGCUUGUCUCGGUUGAGUGUUGUGGUGGUAUAGAGCAGCAGUCCUCGAUGUUAGUCCUCACUCUUAAUCCUGCUCCUCAGUCCCUAGAUAAUGGCUUUAUAAGUCUCUUCCUUCUGGCAUCCCUGACUUGAUGGUCAGAAUGAAAAGCAGCUGGACUCUGGUGCUGGAGGACCACUGGGAUAAAUCGUGAGAUGGCUAAUAUUGUCAGGAUCCUAUACUUUUCAAGUUCCAACAUAGUGCAAAUAUACAUUCAUGUACUCUUACUGUAUGGGGUGACCCUUCCCUUCCUUCCCCGAGUGGGCCAUUGCAACAUCAACACCUCCCUGAAAGCACAAAGUCCAGUGUCCAGCUUGAAUCUUCUCAGCUUUUAUCUGGAUGUGUGUACUUGACGAAAGUAGAUCAAGGACUUGCUUGGACGAGCACAGAGAAUAUGGUUCUUAAACUGGGGGGGAUAAUAAAUGAGACAUGCAUAUGUGA